UGGACUCCGGGCAGAGGCACAUCGGGCUGGACUCCGGGCAGAGGCACAUCGGGCUGGACUCCGGGCAGAGGCACAUCGGGCUGGACUCCGGGCAGAGGCACAUCGGGCUGGACUCCGGGCAGAGGCACAUCGGGCUGGACAUCGGGCAGAGGCACACCGGGCUGGGCUCCGGGGCAGAGGCACAUCGGGCAGGGCUCCGGGCAGAGGCACCAGGCGAAGCAGCAAGCAGCGGGCCACCAGGCGGAGCAGCAGGCACCGGGCCCCCAGGCGGGAGCAGCAUGCAGCGGGCCCCCAGGCGGAGCAACAGGCACCAGGCCACCGGUCAGAGCGAGCAGCAGGCACCGGGCCCCUGGGGCGGGGCAACAGGCACCGGGCCCCCGGGCGGGGCGACCGGCAUCGGGUCCCCAGGCGGGGCGACCGGCAUCGGGCCCCCAGGCGGAGCGGCGGGCGCCGGGCCCCCAGGCGGGGCGACAGGCGCCGGACCCCCAGGUGGAGCGACAGGUCUCGGGCCCUCAGGCGGAGCGACAGGUCUCAGGCCCCCAGGCGGGGCGGCGGGCGCCGGACCCCCAGGCGGAGCGGCGGGCGCCGGACCCCCCGGCGGAGCGACAGGUCUCGGGCCCC